CCCCACAAAACUCUGGCAAAGGGCACUUGAAUUCCCAGCCCCCGGCUCCCACCUGGGGCGGAGACCAGAGCAAUUAGCAGCUGCCAACCAGCUGCAUCCAGGCUGCUCAUCAGAUAAAUUGCAGGAGCUCGACUCCCGGGUCCGCUGGUCCUGGGCGGUGUGGCCCGGCGCCCUUCAACCCUGCAGAUGGUCAAAGAGGCACUGCAGGCCCAAGAUGAGAAGAAGGGCGCCUCUGUCUUCACCAUCAAGCGAUUCAUCCUGGCCAAGUACCCCACCGAGGAUCCUAUCCGGCUCAAGUACCUGCUGAAGCAGGUGCUGAGCAAGGGGCUGAGCCGUGGGGAGCUGGUGCGGCCCCGCAACUCCUCUGCUGUGGGGGCCACCGGCACCUUCAUGUUAGCACCCAAGGAGCCACAGCACAAGCAGCAUCUUAGCCAGGCAAAUCCUGACAGAGGACAGGCCCCGAAGCCAGGACAGGAAGGGACCACCAAGGACCCCUGUGCCCCUGUGGCUGGUGCACAACAACGAGGUACCAUGAAGCAGCAGCUGACAGCCAUGAAGCAGAAGCCAAAACAAAGCCCAUGGAUGCCCAGCCACGAGCUGCAGUGAAGCCUGGGAGCGAUGGAGCAAAGCCCCCGCGAGCUGCCAACCAUCCCCUGGCCCCUGGCACAGGGUGUUCAAGGCCCCCACGAGCUGCUGACCACCCCCAGGCACUUGGCAAAGGGUACUCAAGGCCCCGGGGGCUGAGGCCUGCAGGAAGGAGCAAAAGCGACAGCUCUGUGGGUGCUGGGACAAAGGGGCCCAAAAGGUCCCUGGGGGAAAGAGCAAGGGGAAGGUGCUCAAGGGGGCACAGCAGGAUCCCCCAAGGCACAGAGGGGUCAAGGCCAGGCAAGGAAGGCCCGGGUGACCCCAGGAGCCAGGCAGGGGGAAGCCAGACUGCAGAAGGCAGCGUCCCCUGGAGAGGACAGAACGGCUCUGUCGGGGG